AUGUGGCUUCGUGCAAUGGAAAGAGCUAAUGGCAGCUCCUUCUCUGGAUUCAUCCUCCUGGGCUUCUCCAACAGACCCCAGCUGGAGACAGCUCUCUCUGUGGCCAUCCUGAUGGUCUACUUCUUGAGUUUUCUAGGCAACAGCACCAUCAUCCUCCUGUCGAUUGUGGAUGCUCGCCUUCACACCCCUAUGUAUUUCUUCCUGUCCAAUCUCUCUUUCAUGGAUCUUUGUUUGACUACUUGCACUGUCCCGCAGACCCUGGUCAACUUCAGGGGGAGGGACAAGACCAUCACCUACGGUGGCUGUGUGACCCAGCUCUUCAUUGCCCUGGGCCUUGGGGGAGUUGAGUGCGUGCUCUUGUCGGUCAUGGCGUACGACCGCUAUGCCGCCGUCUGCCGCCCUCUCCACUACAUGGCGAUCGUGCAUCCCCAGCUUUGCUUGCAGCUGGUUGUGACUGCGUGGCUUACGGGUUUCGGCAAUUCUGUGGUGCAGACGGCACUGACCAUGACUCUUCCACUCUGUGGUAGGAACCAAGUGGACCACUUCUUCUGUGAGGUUCCGGUGAUGCUGAAACUGGCCUGCACCGACACUGCCAUCAACGAGGCUGAACUCUUUGCCGUCAGCGUCGUCUUCUUGGUGGUGCCCCUGUCACUCAUCUUAGUGUCCUAUGGCCACAUUGCUCGAGCAGUCCUGAAGAUGAAGUCAGCCCAGGGGCGGCGCAAGGCUUUUGGGACCUGUGGCUCUCACCUGCUGGUGGUGGUCAUUUUCUUUGGCACACUCAUCUCCAUGUACCUCCAGCCUCCCUCCAGUUAUUCGCAGGAUGUGAACAAGAGCAUCGCACUGUUCUACACCCUGGUGACACCUCUGCUGAAUCCACUGAUCUACACUCUGAGGAACAAGGAGGUCAAAGGGGCGCUAAGGAGACUCGUGGGGAGAAUGCCAGACUCAAGAAAGAGCUAG